CUGACCUCCAGGUUGAGGCCCGAGGAGUGUCUCGCGUUCAUGACCAACUCACAUUCUGAUUACAUCCCUCUCUUCAACGGGAACCCGGCAGCGUAUUCAAAGGGUCGGCAGCGUUGGUUCUGGGGUUUAUGCACAGGGUUGGGAUUUCUGGCGCUCAUAAACAUCGCCGUCCUUGCCAAAUUCUUUCUCUCGUCAAAGAGCGUUGCAACACCUCUCGAUGACUACCAAAUACUCAAACCAAAAUUCACAACUGGUCGACAAGAUCGCAUAUCAACCAACCCUACUGAUCCCUCCACCCGCGCAGUGGUUUCAUCUCUCUAUACGGAUUCAUUCGCCUACCCCGUGGCAACGCUCGGCCAUUCCAUCAGCGCCUCCAACGUAACCGCCCGCCGAAUUCUGAUGUACAUCCCUUCUCAAGUUUCAGAACACGCGCUUUGCAUCGUCCGCUCUGCCGGCUGGGAGCUCCAUCCAGUAGCGCGAAUCGCGCCUCCGCACGAAGGACAUGGCGUCGGGUCGCGCUUUGAGGACCAGUACACGAAGUUGAACCUGUGGGGCCUCGAUCGGCUUGGAAUCGAGUCCGCCGUGUACCUCGACGCGGACACGCUCGUGCGGAAACCGUUUGACGAGCUUUUCGACCUUCCGUUCGAGUUUGCGGCGGUGCCGGACGUGUUUCCAGACGACAAGGAUGGCGGGUUCAAGCUAGGGUUUAACGCGGGCGUUCUCGUGUUGCGCCCCAACAACGACACGCUGGUGAACAUGAUCGCCACACUGGAGCAUGCACGGUAUCUCCCCGGCGAGGCGGAGCAGGCGUUCUUGAACUUGUACUACGGCGGAGAGGCCCUGCGAUUGCCCUACGUCUAUAACUCGAACUUGGCGAUCAAGCUGCGAAGCACGGAGCUAUGGAAGGCAAUGAUGGAUGAUAUCCGCGUCGUUCACUACACCACCGUGAAGCCCUUCGACUUUUUGGGGAAAGAGGUGCCAAGCUUAGAGCGGGCGAAGGAGCUUUUAGAGAGUCGGAAGGCAGAAAGAGGCGGGAUUUUCAGGGAGGAACUCGGGUGGUGGGAGGAGACAUGGAAGAAGACUCUCCGGGAACCCGAGCUGCAGAAGUGUCUCGAGCAGCGGUCAUGACAGGGGACAUUCGCCGAUCACUGACAUCAUUCAUCUACAAUUCACUUGAGGGCAUACGGGUCGUAUGUUGUACUUUCGCAGGUUACCACCAUGUCUGUUACAUUAGCCAGAUAAGUACACCCUAGCUUCAUAUUGCGUGCAUACUGAUGUGCACUGUACACCUCCUUUAAUUUAUGCGCUCAGUUCCCACGACUCAUCAUGAUAGAUCAUCGAGCCUUGGUAUGUAACAGCUAGAUCUCGUCGAAGUCCAUCGUUUUGAGGCCG